AUGUUGGGCUGCGAGCAUGCGAUGCUGAAGCUCCGGCAUGGCCUCGUGAGGACGGUCAGGCGAGAGGAGAGCACGGCAGAAGACGACGACGAUGUCGCGGUGGGCAGAUCGCGGAGAGGCAGCGCGACGAACAGGCGGAAGCGCUUCAGAGAUGACGAAGCAGAAGGGAGCAUCAGCCAGCCGGAGGCAGAGACUCCUCGCGGCACGCGGACGGCUGCUGCAUCGACACAUGCGGUGUGCGAAGUGCAGUGCGUGGUCGACACCGGCGCAGGCACUUCCUGUGCGAGCACGUACUGA